AUGGAAACAGCGGUGAAGUUUGAUGAGCAGAAGCUUGUGACAGGCUCCUUUGACAACACUGUGGCCUGCUGGGAAUGGAGUUCUGGAGCCAGGACCCAGCACUUCCGGGGGCAUACGGGGGCGGUGUUUAGCGUCGACUACAAUGAUGAACUGGACAUCUUGGUGAGCGGCUCUGCAGACUUUACUGUGAAAGUAUGGGCUUUAUCUGUUGGGACGUGCCUGAACACACUCACCAGGCACACAGAAUGGGUCACCAAGGUGGUCUUGCAAAAGUGCAAAGUCAAGUCUCUCUUGCACAGCCCUGGAGACUACAUCCUCUUAAGUGCAGACAAAUAUGAGAUCAAGAUUUGGCCAAUUGGGAGAGAAAUUAACUGUAAGUGCUUAAAGACGUUGUCUGUCUCUGAGGAUAGAAGUAUCUGCCUGCAGCCAAGACUUCAUUUUGAUGGCAAAUACAUUGUCUGUAGUUCGGCACUGGGUCUCUACCAGUGGGACUUUGCCAGUUAUGAUAUUCUCAGGGUCAUCAAGACUCCUGAGGUAGCAAACUUGGCCUUGCUUGGCUUUGGAGAUAUUUUUGCCCUGCUGUUUGACAACCGCUACCUGUAUAUCAUGGACUUGCGGACAGAGAGCUUGAUUAGCUUGAUUAUACUCUGGCCUCUUCCAGAGUAUAGGAAAUCCAAGAGAGGCUCCAGCUUCCUGGCAGGCGAAGCGUCCUGGAUGAAUGGACUGGAUGGGCACAAUGACACGGGCUUGGUCUUUGCCACCAGCAUGCCUGACCACAGUAUUCACCUGGUGUUGUGGAAGGAGCAUGACUGAUGCCGCGAGCUACGCCGCUGACUGACUUUGGGUGCCAGGGCUGCGGAUUUUGAGUGCAACCUCUGUGGCAGCCGACUGCAUGAACCAAAGUUCU